AAAUCGUUUAAGGCAACGAGCAGGCUAUUACCCAAUCAGGCUCCUCGCAGGCACUGAACCACAACCACACCUCUGUCUUGUGAAAGUACAGCAAAGAGAAAGUGAGGAUCACGUUAGAGCAACAUGCACAUACAUACACUCCAAUUGUCUGGCAGUGUGUAUAACAAACUUGCUGGUUGACUAUCGGCUGAGCAUAAAAAACUUUCUUUAACCUACUUUCUUAGUGCGCGAUCAUCUUUCGCCUCUCACCGUCGUUGAAUUAAUUCUAGUGUGGUGUGCUUGGUAGUCGGUAGUGGUCUGCGCCCUACCAUCGUGUCCCUGUGCCGGCGGUAGUCCCGUGAAGUGGUGGGACGCGGGAUGUGGGGGUACCGGGUGGUUUGUGCGUGACCAAAGUGGGAUUGUGUUUUUUGUUUUGUUUUUCUCCCGCUCGGCGCGAAGGCGUACGAUGUGCGACAUGCAGAAAAUGCCUAGUAGAGAGGAUUCCUCUUGUGAAGAGGAAUCUGAGAUGAACUUUGCUUACUCAACGGUGGGUGCCACGGGCACCCACUUUGUUACUACCAGCGGUCAACUGCCUGUGACCAAGAUACAGCAAAAUGUUUCAAAUAAUGGAAAUACAUUGCAACAGGUGGUAGGCAUGGUGGGUGGUCUAGGCGAAGGCGUGCAGUACGUUCGGACGUUGGACGGCCAGCUGCAGGCGGCGCCGCACCUCAUCUCUGUGCCCAUCGCGCUGCCUGGCGCCAAGCCAGGCGAUCCUCAACCAACGGUGCAAAUCCAGGUGCUAAGUCCGAACCUGACGCUGCAGCCGCAGCAGCAGCCGAAGUACCAGAUGCAAAUACCUAUACAGGGAUUCCAGCAAGGUGCUGUCCUCACUGUGGCGUAUUCUCCAGAGGCGAAUGAAGCCGGCGGUCUCCAACUUAUUGGACAAAACGGUUUGCCUGAAGGCCUGCAGGUGCUGACGGCGGUGCCGCAGGACAUGCAGCUGCUGCAGGCGCAGCAGGCCCAGCCGCAGGACAGCAAGGACCAGAUACCACAGCACCAGGUGUUCAUAAUGCCGAACCAGCAAAUCAUAAUCAACGGGCCGGACGACAACAAGGCGCUCAACAACAACACAAGUAACAAUAACAACAACGCCUUCGCCAACAUCGUCAUCAAGGAGGAGUGCGAAGACAACAUGUGUGAUGACGAGAGUUCGCAAGGCACGGAGACGAGCGACAGCUCCACGUGGCAGAUGACGAGCAGCAGCCAGCAGGACCUCAUCAAGUAUCUCAACACGCUGCCGCCACAGCAAACCCAAGCGCUGCCAGAAACCCUUCAGCAGUUCCUGCGACUGAAUCCGGGCGAGGUCAAGAAGAUCGAGGACGUGGAAGUGGAGAUCGAGGUCGAGCCCGCGGACGAGCAGCGCGACGACAUCACCGAGGCCGUGCUGGGCGAAGACGGCACCAUCCGUAUCACCAGCAAAAAGAAGAAGAAAUACAAGAAAAAACCUCCUCGGCCCGCUCGUCCCAAGCCGGGGCAGGUGGUGAUCGCGACCGGCGCCGACGGCUCGCCCGUGUUCUGCUGUCCCGAGUGCCCCGCCCGGUACCAGGAGAAGGCCGAGCUGGAAAUGCACCUUAUCGUGCACAAAAUAGAGCGGAGAUUCAUCUGCGGCAUUUGCGGGGCUGGUCUAAAGCGCAAAGAGCAUCUGGAGCGGCACAAGCUGGGCCACAACCCCGAGCGGCCCUACGUGUGCGGCGUGUGCCGCAAGGGCUUCAAGCGGCGCGAGCACCUCAACCUUCACACCGUCAUCCACUCCGGCGUCAAGAGCGAGAUGUGCGGCGAGUGCGGCAAGGGUUUCUACCGCAAAGACCACUUACGCAAGCAUACUCGCUCGCACGAGAGCAAGCGAUUGCGCGACGAGCAGAACACGCCCGCGCAGCCGCCGCCGCCGCCGCCUGCCAUCACCACCACGCGCUCCGAUGCUGUGCUGCCCGAGAUCACCAUACAUGUCCCGACAAGUUCGAACAUGCAAGUGCCCGUUCAGAUCAACAUCCCGCAGCACGUGAUGUCUACGAUAGCGUCGCAGGCGUCGCAGGACACGCAGGCGCAACUCGACGCCCUCCUCGCCGACCACUCGUGACGCCCCUAGCGCGCCCCGCCGGGCCCCGCGGGCCCCACGGGCCCCGGGGGCCCUGGCGACGACCUGGACGAGACGCUCGCGAUCAUACUUAACAAUUGGGAGGACUGUCCGGAGACCGAAACUAGCGAGUGAAGACCUCGCUCGAAAACGAUUUGGGGUAUGCAUUUCAAGUCUAUAACGUUGAUUGGAAACGCUCGCCAUCAUACUUAACACGUGGGAGAACUGUCCGGAGACCGAAACUAGCGAGUGAAGAACUCGCUCGAAAACGAUUUGGGGUAUGCAUUUCAAAUCUAUAACGUUGAUUGGAAACGCUCGCCAUCAUACUUGACACGUGGGAGGACUGGCCGGACACUGAAACUAGCGAGUGAAGAACUCGCUCUCGAAAACGAUCUGGGGUAUGCAUUUCAAGUCUAUAGCGUUGAUUGGUGAUGCUCGCCAUCAUACUUAACACGUGGGAGGACUGUCCGGACACUGAAAGUAACAAGUGAAGGACUCGCUCGAAAACGAUUUGGGGUAUGCUAUUUCAAGUCUAUAACGUUGAUUGGAUCAGUCGAAGAUUCCGUAUCACCAAAGAAAUCCAUCGCGUUAAUCAAAUCAAAGAUUACAAGCAAUCGAGAUUUUGUUGACUCUGGCCUCACCACCACAAAAUUUCUUGGCGAUUUGGACUCCCAAAAGGCGAAACAGGGUAUUGGCAAACAUGUGGUACCUUCAUUAGCGACGAAGGCGAAUCGAUAAGUGUUAAGAAUAUUCCGAGACCAUGACGGAAGGAUCGACCCCUCGAAUUUGUGUGGAAUUGUGUUUUACAAGUGUUUAAGGAGACAGUAUUGAAGCAUAAGUGAUGUUGGACUGUAGAGAGAGAAGACAAUAGAUCUAAGGUAAUAUUACACUUAGCUUUUAAACACAUGAUUCGCUUUAUGUACAGUAAAAUAAGUUAUCGAAGACUUAUUUCGUCGUAUUUGUAAGUAAACAUUUUUCACAAAAUUACUCGAAUUGAUUUGAGAUUAAGAAUAAGAUAGCGGCACUUGUUUACAAUUUUGAUAAAUCCUUGAAAUCCUUGAAUUUAAUAAACAUGUAAAUACACCGGCGUGUGAACAGGGUACGGACAAUCUUGUGGCUAUUUUGAAAUAGUAUGUAAUUGUGGAUAAACUCGUGGUACCUUAUUCGAUUCUAUGAGUUUUUACUGGCUCAUUUAUUACAUUGGAUAAUACAAAUCAAAAUGUGUAUUCCGCAAACUGACAACAAUCUACCCUACAUUUAUUUUAUUUAUUUUUUACAUAUUUUUUAUUUACAACAUUUUAUUGAUCAAGGCAUGUUGAAAAAUCAAACUAGUCUGAUCUCCUUUUUUGACUGUUCUUUUUUGGCUUUGUGUUUUUUUUAUUGUUUAUUUAUAUAUGGUUCCCAGACGUUUUUUAUGGCAUUAUUCACUCUGACAAGUUUUUAGUUGUCAUUUGAGGAUUUAGUCAGGUUUUUUUUAAUUAUAGUGUAAAUUGAUAUCAUUUCAGUAUAGUGGUGUCAUAUAUUAUAAUGCCGCGUUCGUACAUUAAUGAUUAAAGUCCAUGCAUGGGUCCAUAUUAGACCAGCGGAGUUUCGUCUUCCCUACAUAUUGGCACUUCUUCCUUUUCCCAAAAAUCUGCGCAUGUUGGCAUUCAUUGCGCGUACUCUGCGUUUGACGUUUGUUAUUAUGUCCAAGGUCAGUCUAAGUCUGAUAUACACAUUAGUCUGUUGGCUCCAAGACUAUCUUGGUUCAAACAUAACCUACGGACGCGUACGUCAUAAUUUGCCUGUAUUAUCCAAUUCAUGGUAGCAAGUUGAUCUUCUAAAGUCUACAAUGUAUAAGUCAUUGACAUUGUUAUGCCGCUUACAUUAGAGUAAGUUUCCGUUUUCGAUUAAGCUUCUUUUUAAUUAACUGAUCUAGUUAGUAAUUUAGAAUAGGAACAAUUAAAUAUAGGUGGCUUAGUUUACAGUUAAUUCACAAUGAGGAUACAUAUCAUUGUUGAUGGUAUUUUGUAUCAACCAGCGGACAGUUGUCAGAGGAACAAUAACUGUGUAAAUAUCAUUUUAAACUGUGAUAUUUAUAUCGUUACUAAUUAAAAUUAAAUGUUGGAAAUGUCGCCAUGAUAAUACCGUCAUCCUUCUUAGCGGUCUUCACUCACACACGGUGGCCAUGUGGCCACAGACACAAACGCUGUCACAAGUAGCUAGAAGUGGCUACAGCGCGCGACAGCCUCUGUAGUGGCAUGUGGCGGCCACCGGCGUCAACCGUGUGCGGCGAAUCCAAAAUGUAUGAAAACUACAGUUUUGUGGUUGUGGCCGGUGGCCCGUGUGCGGCGACGUGUUAAGACGCGAUAAGCGAAUUGUUAACUGAGAGAUGAACCAUAGUCAAUGACCAAUAAGAUUUGCUAAAUGUCAUUAGCCAAUAGGAUUCGCAAAAAUAUCAUCUUAGAAUGUUCUUUACAUUAUUCAAGUGUUGUUUUCUGUAAACACGACAAUAAUGUGUCUUCUAUUGAUAUUAGAAUAGUCUUUGCACUUAAAAAAGUAGGUUGUCAAUGACACCAGGGAAGUGGCUUUCCGCUGGUGAAGCAGUUUUCAGAAAAAUCUUGUAGAAAAUGUUAAUGAAACAGCAAAUAGCAUGACAAUUUUAUUAUCUUAUCAUAUUUUAAACUAGUUGUACCUAAAUGUUUUUAUUCUCGUUCCUGGAUAAAAUUUUACGUCCCUUAGUUUUUGUUAACGUCAAAAAAUUGCCGUAACGCAACGGGUGUAAAUGAAUAAAAAAUACUAAUCGGGGUUUGAAGUGGUUAUCAAUAAUCACGAUGCGAUCCGUCCUAUUGACCAAUAGGAUAAUUGACAUCGGUGGACAAAUAAUGGCUGCCGCGAGAGCUAACAAGUGGUUAAGUCAUAUGUUGCGGAUGAAAUUUUAAAUACAUGCGUUUUUAGCUACCAUCAGAGGCCUAAUAUGUGGCGAUUUGUAAGCGGUUGUAUGUUUAAAAUGUUUCGUUUGUCACAUCUCUACCCGGUCUACGGAAAACGAUCGUACAAACGACGGCAAAUCAAUCUAAACACUGGGAUUUUAUGUAGUGACAAUUAAAUGAUAGCCACAAAAAUAAAAUGUAAAAAACGUAUAGU